AUGCCGAACUACACAGCUUGCCUGUCGAUCUACUCAGAUCUCGAAGGCCGAUCGGCUACUACGAGAGCUCACCUCAUGUCAAUGUACCAUAUUUACUGGAUAGGUUACUGUACAUCUCUUGCAUUUCUGCUCGUGGCUUUGGCCAUAUUUGUUCGUUACAGAUCUCUUUGGUGUCUAAGAAAUAUCAUCCAUUCUAACUUGAUUCUUUGCUUUGCUCUUCAUAACAUUACCUGGAUCGCGUCGACGUCUAUCGUAUAUGAAUUAAUAAUCAAGCACCUGCUGUACGAAAAAGUGAGAUUCUGCUUCAUUGCGAUGGUGCUAUUUCGUUAUUUUGUUACUGCCGGAUUCUUUUGGAUGUUGGUCGAAGGCUUGUACUUGCUGAUGAGUGUGCGCUUCACGUUUCAAGCCCACAAGAUCAAAUAUUGGAUGUGCGCAAUACAAGGAUGGGGUAAGAACCGGCGUUCGAUAGAACAAGUUGUUUCUUAGUC